AUGAGCAGCAAUAAUAGUGGUCUCUCUGCCGCCGGAGAAAUCGAUGAAAGUCUUUAUUCUCGUCAACUUUAUGUGUUGGGUAAGGAAGCAAUGUUGAAAAUGCAAACCUCCAACGUAUUAAUUCUCGGCUUGAAGGGGCUAGGUGUUGAGAUAGCGAAGAACGUUGUGUUGGCAGGUGUCAAAUCUAUGACCGUUUUUGACCCUGAGCCGGUUCAAUUGGCAGACUUAUCAACCCAAUUCUUUUUGACCGAAAAGGAUAUUGGUCAAAAGAGAGGAGAUGUGACCAGAGCCAAAUUGGCAGAGUUGAACGCAUAUGUCCCGGUUAAUGUGCUGGAUUCCUUAGACGAUGUUACCCAAUUGAGUCAAUUCCAGGUCGUUGUCGCUACGGACACUGUUUCUUUGGAAGAUAAGGUGAAAAUCAACGAAUUUUGCCAUUCCUCCGGUAUUAGAUUCAUUUCCUCGGAGACAAGAGGGCUGUUUGGUAACACCUUCGUAGACCUAGGUGACGAGUUCACAGUGUUGGACCCAACGGGUGAAGAACCUCGCACUGGUAUGGUUUCAGACAUCGAGCCCGAUGGAACAGUGACCAUGCUAGAUGAUAACAGACACGGGUUGGAAGACGGAAAUUUUGUCAGGUUCUCCGAAGUAGAAGGUCUUGAUAAGUUGAAUGAUGGGACCCUUUUUAAAGUUGAGGUUUUGGGGCCCUUUGCAUUCAGAAUUGGUUCAGUCAAAGAAUAUGGCGAGUAUAAGAAGGGCGGUAUCUUCACCGAAGUCAAAGUACCCCGUAAAAUCUCAUUCAAGUCUUUGAAACAACAACUGUCCAAUCCUGAGUUUGUUUUUUCGGAUUUUGCUAAAUUUGACAGAGCUGCUCAAUUGCAUUUGGGAUUUCAGGCUUUACAUCAGUUUGCCGUUAGACAUAAUGGUGAACUGCCAAGAACAAUGAAUGACGAAGACGCCAAUGAAUUAAUCAAGUUGGUCACCGAUUUGUCCGUUCAGCAACCGGAGGUUCUGGGUGAAGGUGUAGAUGUUAAUGAAGAUUUAAUCAAAGAGCUUUCCUAUCAGGCAAGAGGUGACAUACCGGGUGUCGUAGCAUUUUUCGGUGGCCUUGUGGCACAAGAAGUGUUAAAAGCAUGUUCUGGUAAAUUUACUCCGCUAAAGCAAUUUAUGUACUUUGAUUCCUUGGAAUCAUUGCCAGAUCCUAAAAACUUCCCAAGAAAUGAGAAGACUACUCAGCCAGUAAACUCUCGUUACGAUAAUCAAAUCGCGGUUUUCGGUUUGGAUUUUCAGAAAAAGAUUGCCAAUUCAAAGGUCUUUCUUGUCGGAUCUGGUGCCAUUGGUUGUGAGAUGUUGAAAAAUUGGGCACUUUUGGGGCUUGGUUCUGGCUCCGACGGUUACAUCGUUGUUACGGAUAACGAUUCGAUCGAAAAGUCCAACUUAAACCGUCAGUUCUUGUUUAGACCAAAGGAUGUCGGAAAGAACAAAUCUGAAGUAGCGGCAGAGGCCGUUUGUGCUAUGAACCCCGAUUUGAAGGGCAAGAUAAAUGCUAAAAUUGAUAAAGUGGGGCCAGAAACUGAGGAAAUAUUUAAUGACUCCUUUUGGGAAAGCCUGGAUUUUGUCACCAACGCUCUAGACAAUGUCGACGCAAGAACAUACGUAGAUCGCCGUUGUGUGUUUUAUAGAAAACCACUGUUAGAAUCUGGUACCCUAGGUACUAAAGGUAAUACUCAAGUCAUCAUUCCAAGAUUGACUGAAUCAUACUCUUCUUCUAGAGACCCACCAGAAAAGUCUAUCCCAUUGUGUACCCUACGUUCUUUCCCAAACAAGAUUGAUCACACCAUUGCCUGGGCCAAAUCUCUUUUCCAAGGUUACUUCACUGAUUCCGCCGAAAACGUUAAUAUGUACUUGACACAACCGAAUUUCGUUGAGCAAACACUAAAGCAAAGCGGGGAUGUCAAGGGAGUUCUAGAAUCCAUCUCAGAUUCUCUAUCUAGUAAACCACACAAUUUUGAAGAUUGUAUCAAAUGGGCAAGGUUAGAAUUUGAAAAAAAAUUCAACCAUGAUAUCAAGCAGUUACUGUUCAACUUCCCCAAGGAUGCCAAGACUUCCAACGGUGAACCAUUUUGGUCCGGUGCUAAGCGUGCUCCAACACCAUUAGAGUUUGAUAUUUACAAUAACGAUCACUUCCAUUUUGUCGUAGCAGGUGCUAGUUUACGCGCUUAUAAUUAUGGUAUUAAAAGUGAUGACUCUAAUUCUAAACCCAACGUGGACGAGUAUAAGUCCGUCAUCGAUCAUAUGAUAAUUCCAGAAUUUACUCCAAAUGCCAAUUUGAAAAUUCAAGUUAAUGACGAUGAUCCGGAUCCAAAUGCCAACGCGGCUAAUGGCUCAGAUGAAAUUGAUCAGCUGGUAUCAUCCCUACCAGAUCCUUCUACUUUGGCUGGCUUUAAACUGGAGCCUGUAGAUUUCGAGAAAGACGAUGACACUAAUCAUCAUAUUGAAUUUAUAACGGCUUGUUCUAACUGUAGAGCUCAAAACUACUUCAUCGAAACUGCUGAUCGCCAAAAGACCAAAUUCAUAGCUGGCCGUAUUAUUCCUGCCAUCGCAACAACCACUUCUUUGGUUACUGGUUUGGUCAAUUUGGAAUUAUAUAAACUGAUUGACAACAAGACAGAUAUUGAGCAAUAUAAGAAUGGCUUUGUUAAUUUAGCUUUGCCAUUUUUCGGUUUUUCGGAACCAAUUGCUUCACCAAAGGGAGAAUAUAACAACAAGAAAUAUGAUAAAAUUUGGGAUAGAUUUGAUAUCAAGGGAGAUAUUAAAUUAAGUGAUUUAAUUGAACAUUUUGAAAAAGAUGAAGGGUUAGAAAUAACAAUGCUUUCUUAUGGCGUUUCUCUUCUUUAUGCCUCAUUUUUCCCUCCAAAGAAAUUGAAAGAAAGACUAAAUCUACCAAUAACUCAAUUGGUUAAAUUAGUGACUAAGAAAGAUAUUCCGGCACAUGUAUCUACAAUGAUUCUCGAAAUUUGCGCAGAUGACAAGGAAGGAGAGGAUGUUGAAGUUCCUUUCAUUACCAUUCAUCUAUGA